UACAGAUUUACUAAAGUUCAAAGACCAUAGCCAAGUGAAGUUAUAGAACAACUCUUUGGGAAUCUAGGAUACUGAGGAAGAUGGCCUUUUCUGGUAAGGUAUGUAGUUUUUUCCUGGAAUAAAUGCUUAAGCUCAUAAAUAUUGCACAUUAGCUCAUAUAGCUUCUCUAACCAAUUUUCUGCAUGUUACUGAUUGAGAACUUAAAAUGCCUGACUGAAUUGCUGUCUGACUUUCUGGUAUUGAGCAGUUUCGCUUUGGAGACAGGAAAAGAGUAGAGAAGAUAAGACAUAGCAUGUAUACUCAAAUUGCAUCCCAUCAUGGCCAAAGAAGACCAUUCACCUUUGGAGUUUGGGAAGAGAAUUGACCAAAUAAAUUUGUCCCACUUUCUCUCCUUUCUCCCCCCCCCCCCCCCAUAGCUCUUAAAUCUGCAGGAAGAAUUAAGGACAUAAUACACUGCAUUAUAGCAGAAACAACUGUUGGAAUUGUGUACUUUAUGCAAUUGCUGGACAAUCUGGGCACUGCCAAACAUAAUUUUAUUAGAAUUUCAGAUUUUCUAGAAACAGCAAUUACUAAUCCAAAUGAAUGCCUGAAAAUAUGCAGUUUUUGAAGUAAAGGGAAUGUAAUGUUGAGUGAGGUCGAAGGGACAUUAGUUAGUUCUAUGAGAAAGUAACAGUAAAAAGUUGAAUUGUUUUUUUUUUAUUAAUGCUGCUGUAAAAGCUACUCUCAAAACCAGGUUAUGCAAAUUCAGAAGUGUACAUUUUACUGACUUAGCAAUUAGAUUUUAAUUUCUGACCUGAUUUAUGCAGUACCAGCCAGUACUAAUGCACAUAUUCAGCUGAAAGGUUGUGAUCAACACAAGGGCUCUUUUACAAGUGGAAGGUAAUGAUCACAGAGCUCAAGAACUGGGAGCUAUGCCAAUUACUGCAGAUGCUGCCUGGCCUGCUGAGUUCCUCCUGCAUUUUGUGUAUGUCACUGCCUAGAGCAGAAAUGCUGCCCUUUGUAAUCCAGGUGCCAAGGCAUGUCUACCAGAGCCAAGCAGAGAUCAAGUCCCUGGUAUUUCUAAUACCCUGUCUUCACUCUCUUGACAGAAAUAUAAAGGAAAUUGAUCUCAAAGUAAUUUCGGCCACUGAAGAGAUGAAUUCCAUCUGGCACAUCAGUACUGAGGCUGUGACUGAUCCGGCUGCCAUCCCUUUCUACCCCACUGGUGUGAUGAACUGGGGACCAAGGCUUGGGCCUACUCCAGACCUGGGACUCAAUCUGGUUUGGGAUUGUCUCGCCAGAUCUGCUUGUCCAGGAGUGAAACAGCAAACCUUCUUGUUCGAGGAGCCUUCAAUGUGUCUCAGCUGUUUGUCCUGCCUACUCCUUCUGAGAUUGGGUUCAAGGAGAUCCAAGUGUGAGCAUCAGGGACAACCCAGGUACAGCAGAGCUGACUCAUCAGUUUUCAAAUUUAGGACAGCUCAUCAAAGAUCUCAUCUGAAUCCACUGCAGCAGACCUCACUGGUGCUGACCAUGGGCAUUUUACUGCCCUUUUCUCUUUGGACACUGAGAACGGGAGAAAACCUGCUGGAAGAUGGCGUGAAGUGUUCUCAGCAGGCAUCUAGUUCACCAAGGGCAAGAUGGCGUGAAGUGUUCUCAGCAGGGGACCUUAUCUCAAUUCAGAGAUGUGUGGCUGCUGGAAGGGAUUCCACUCCCUUUUCCAUAAUCGGUGCAUCUUGUGCCAUUCUUACUGUAGUUACAAUGCUUCACUCUGUCCAAGAGAAUUAUGCCACCUUGAUGUGAAUCCCCUUGACAAAUGAACAGGGGCAUCUGGAAGACAAGAAUUACUCACUAAUCAUAUGGUUUUGAAAGGAAGUGCAGUUGACAGUGUCAGGAGUUCACCUGCAGCCACAGGUGUGUUCACACAAUGAUCCCAUGGAUUGGAUUGAUCCGGAGGAGCCUGUUUUACCCAGAAGAGUGCACCUCGAGGCUUGUGUUGGCUUGCUGUACUCCCAGACACUUUACUCAGCCUUUGAUGUCCUGUGUAAUUGUGGGGGAGGAGCAGGAAGGAAGGAGGUUAUUUAUGUCUCAUCUGAGUCUAUCACAGCAAUCUGCCCUGGGGGCAGUAAACACCUAAUAUGUUCUUUCCUCUUGCCUUGGCUGCAAACUGCUCAUAGCUGUCACCUCUUUUUGUAUAUAUUAAUUUGUUGAAAGGGCAACAAGUUUAUAUUUUGAGCAGCAGCUGCAAUUGUGAAAUCUAAAGAGGGAAUGCCUAAAUUUUCUAUUACAUUGUUUUUCAGAUUGUAAUUUUGGAGUUCUUAUUAUCUUCCAUUCAUCCAUAUCCAUCUAUGUCUUACAGAAAUCCACAAACACUGCUGUUCAACAUGGUACAGAUUUGAGCUGGUGAAACAGGCAGUGUCUGGUGCCCUCUAGCAGCAAUGGAUAGAUAACAUAAUUGUACACUAUCCAGUAUAAGCAGCUCUUCAAUUUUCAGUUUUCAGAUCAUACAAGUUUCAAGCUAACUUAAAAGUUUAGUGUGAUUUCUAAAGUUAAUGAUUGAAUAACAUUUCGAGUAAUGAAAUGGCAGAUUUUUAACCAUUAAACAAUCUCUCUGAUUUGCUACAUUCCGUGGUAAUCUAUUUGUGGAGCCUGAGGACGUGAGUGAGGUCUUAAAUUAUUAUGGUUCAUAUCUAAUCACAAGAGAGAACGACAUUAUUGGGCACAUUUUUGUAGGUUGGGGUAGAUAUUCAAGAGUAUGUUGACAUUAAAAUAAAUGAUUAUUAUCAUUAUAUAAUUAAUGAUUAUUAGUGGUAUAAAAAUGAAUACAUUUCUUGGGCCUGGUGAACCUUAGGCCUCUUUGAGAAGACAAGGAGUGGGGGAGGGGGAGAUUGCUGGGAAGAUUGCUGGGCUGAGAUAGUUAAAUCUUUGUUGGCCACAAAUGAAGUGUGUGAUGAUGGUAAGACUACAAAUAUGGUGCCUUUAUCGAGACAGGAAACCAAGAUAAACUAGAUAACUACAUACCUGUCAGUAGAAUGGAAUUAUUGGAAAGACAGGGAUUGUUUAGGACUAGACAAAUUUGUUGGUGCGUCAUCCUGUCUGACUAACUUAAUGGAGUUUUGUUCGACAUUGAUGUGGAGUACGGUUGUUGUGGAUUUCUGGACUUGACAAUAGCAAGUGGAAUUUAAUCUUGAUAAGUAUGAGUUAAUGCAUUUUGGGAGGUCUAAUAAAGAUAGAACAUACAUUGUAAACAGUGGACUUAUUGAUGGGCAUAGACAUAUUGGACCAAAAGGCUUGUUUCUGAUUUUUAUGACUAUAACUUUACAAUUAGUAUAACUUUAUAAAUUCAUCAUCAAAAUGGAUAUUUAUACAACUUAAUCUGACGCUGUGGCUACGGUCUUGUAGCCAGUGAUAACAAAGACAAUAAACUAAUCCAAAUGCUAAUUGAUUCUCUUUUUUGAAGAAAGCAAAUCCUUAUAAUAAUUUAACAUAUCAUAACAGAUUACAAAUCAACAUUCAAUUAACGAAAUAGUUAAUACUAGUCUCUAAUCAUAAAAUCUAUAACAAUGAUAGGCUAUCACAAAAUCCUAAAAUGUCAUGAACAAUACUCCAGAGUGCAAUAUACAAUUGUUGCUAACUCUCAGUUAAUAGAUUUCUUGAUUAUAACAGACUAGAAUCACAGAAGACUCAGUUGAAAAAGGUGGUUACCUAAAAGCAACAGAAACAAGACUUUCCAAAAAACAGACUUUGAGAAUCCCACCAACAUUAAACACACCGCAGAAAGACUGUUUUCAUUUAUAAAAUAUGCAAUAUAAGAUGUACUGCAUAAAUCAUCUUUGACAGUUUGGAUCACAAUUUACAAAAGUGUAUAAGAAAGAAAAGGGAAGAUUAGAAACACCCAUCUUAUUUAUGUUUAUUACAAAUCCUUUGGAGAGUAAGUUAAUGUACAAAAUUUAAAACCAGGGUUAUUAACAUCAGUGAAAUUAAAAUGGCUGGCCUGAUUGACUCAGUCCAGGGCUAUUUCUGUCAACUUCUGCCGAGCUUUGUCAACCAGCCAAAGUAUUUAGUGAACAAGUUCUGUAAUCUGCUGUACAGAUUCCUGAAUUUCUGAUAAGGCUUGGUUAUUUCACAUAGUUUUUCCUGAGAGCAACAGGAAGUAUGCUGGUACUGCAUUGAUCAACCCAGUGGUUUGCAAAGUGGGCGAUUAUCUCUCCCCCUCCUUGGGGGCAAUGGAAGUUCCUAACGGGGUGGUGGGCGUCAUUCAGUAGCAAGGGAGGGAAGCUGAGGGAUCACAGGCUUAAUUUAAGAAAUGAAUUACUUAUAAUCAUUUGAUCAUCAGCACCUCAUAAUUGAUCACAAUGAUCAAGUAAUCACUUCAUCACUUGUUAAUCCAUUGGAGGUUUUGAGAGGAGGGGAUUUCACUGAGGUCCACUGCCCAAGUAGAAAAGGGAGCAGUGGGUCGCCAUGGCGAAAAAGGGCUUUGACCAGCGACCAAUCGGCAUUUGAGGAAGGCAGGGCCAGGCACGGCGGCCAUCGUUGCAGGGGCUUUCGUCUGAGUGGACAUAGUCAGAGUGGUGAGCUUGAGGCUUCAGUCAAAAGAUGCUUCAGUUGGAGAAAGCAAAAGAAAAGAAAAGCUCAUGUUAAGUAUUUUUUUCUCCUUGCUUUUGUUAUAGCUGCUCAGCUAGGACAAUGGCGAUGACAGACAGGAUGAUUGAAUGCUGCUCUGGUGGGAUAUGGGAAGGCAGGGAUGACUACACUUGUAAGAAGUGCAUUCAGCUGCAGCUUCCAAUAAUCCACAUUAAGGAGUUGGAGCUGGAAUUCGAUGAACUCCGGAUCAUUCGGGAAGCUGAAAUGUGAUACAAAGGACUCAUAGAGAGGAAGUUACACCUAAGGGGUGGGGCACAGGAAAUUGGGUGACAGUCAUGAAGGAGAAAGGGUUAAGGAGCCAGUGCAGAGAACCCCUGUGGCCACCCCCUCAACAACAGGUAUAUCACUUUGGAUACCGUCGGUGGUGGGGGCAGGGUUGACUGAACAGAGGAAAGUUACAGUGAUGGGUCUCUGGCAUUGAGCCUCAGAAGGGAAGGGGCACACUGUCAUGAUAAGGGAUUCAUUAGUUAGAGGGAUGGACAGGAAGUUCUGUGGGUGAGAAAGACAUUCCCAGCUGGUGUGUUAUCUCCUGGGUGCCAGGGUCUAGGACGUCUUGGAUCGAGUCAUCAGCAUUCUUAAGUGUGAAGGCAAAUAGUCAUAAGCAGUGGUCCAUGUCGGUAUGAAAGGCAUGUGUAGGAUGAGUGACAAGGUUCUGCAUAAGGAGUUCAGGGAGUUAGGUGCUAAGUUAAAGAGCAGGAACUCCAGGGUUGUGAUCUCAGGAUUGCUACCCGUGCCAUGUGCCAGUGAGGUCAGAACUAUGAAGAUUUUACAAUUAAAUACGUGGCUAAGGGUUUGGUGUAGGAGGGAGGGCAUCAGAUUUUUGGAUCAUUAAGGAAGGUCGGACCUGAACAGAUGGGAUGGUUUGGAUCUGACCUGGAGGGGGACUAAUAUCCUAGUGGGAAGGUUUGUUAAUGCUGAACGGGGGGGGGGGGGGGUGUUUAAACUAGAGUUGCAGGGGGAUGGGAACCAGAGUGUCAGAACAGUUAGUGGAGAGGUCAUGCAGGCAGAUGUUGGUCAGACCUCAGACAAAGUUAAGAACCAAAUGUUUGAGCCUGGUGUGACGAGUGCCUUGAGCUGCAUAUAUUUCAAUGCAAAAAAUUUCAUAGGAAAGGCAGAUGAUAGUGCUGAAGAUGAGGUAGCUGGUUUACAAAUGGAGACGAUGUGUAGUGAGGAGAGGCUUUGAGCAAAAUCGCAGUCAACAGGAUGAGUUGCAAUGUAAAUAGUUUACAAAAUUGAGAAGGGUGAAUACAGGACUGAAGGUGUUAUACUUGAAUACCAUCAGGUAGGAGGUACAGAAGCUUGAAGGCACACACACAGCGAUUCAGGAACAUCUUCUUCCCCUCUGCCAUCUGAUUCCUAACUGGACGUUGAAUCUUCCAACACGAACUCACUUUCUUUUAAUGGUCUCGGUCCAAAACGUCGACAGCGCUUCUCCCUAUAGAUGCUGCCUGGCCUGCUGUGUUCCACCAGCAUUUUGUGUGUGUUGUUCAAUAUAUAGUAUUUCUGUUUUGCACUUUUUAAAAUCUAUUCAAUAUAUGUAAUUGCUUUACUUGUUUAUUGCUGUAUUAUUACUUUUUUGUUUUUUUCUUCUAGAUUAUGAAUUGCAUUGAACUGCUGCUACUAAAUUAAUAAAUUUCACAUCACAUGUCAGUGAUAAUAAACCUGAUUCUGAACGUGCGCAGUAUAUGAAAUAAAGUAGAUAAACUUGUAGUACAGUUGCAGAUUGGCAUGUAUGAUAUUCAAGGCAUCACUGAAUCAUGUCUGAAAGAAGAUUAUAGUUGGGAGCUUAUAGUUGUGUGUCCAUGGAUACACAUUGUAUCGAAAGAUCAGGCAGGAAGGCAAAGGGGUGAUGUUUCUCUCUUGGUAUAAAAUGAAAUCAAAUAAUCAGAAAGAGGUGACAUAGGGUCAGAAGGUGUUGAGUUACUGUGGAUAGGGCUAAGGAACUGCAAGGGUAAAAAAUCCCUGACGGGAGUUAUAAACAAACCCCAAACAGUAGUAUGGACGUAGUCUACACAUUACAAUGGGAGAUAGAAAAUGCAUGCUAAAAGGGCAAUGUUACAAUCAUCAUGGGCAUUUCAAUAUGCAGGUAGAUUGGGAAAAUCAGGUAGGUGCCGGAUUCCAGGAGGGUGAAUUUCUAGAGUGCCCAUGAGAUGGCUUUAAAGAGCAGCUCGUGGUUGAGCCCACUGGGGGAUCAGCUAUUCUGGAUUGGCUGUUGUACAGUGAACCAGAAUUGAUUAGAGAGCUUAAGGUAAAAGAGCCCUUAGGGGCAAGUGAUCAUAAUAUCAUUGAAUUCACCUGAAACUUGAGAAGGAGAAGCAAAAGACAGGCGCAUCAGUAUUACAGUGGAGAAAAGGGAAGUACAGAGGCAUGAGAGAGGAGUUGGCCAUAAUUGAUUGGAAAUGAACACUGGAUGGUGGCAGAGCAGCAAUGGCUGGGAUUUCUGGAAGCCACUCUGAAAGCACAGGAUUUAUACAUCCCAAAGAGGAAGAAGUACUCUAAAGGCAAGGUGACACAACCGUGGCUAAAAAGAGAAGUCAAAGCCAACAUAAAAGACAGAGAAAGGGCAUGUACUGAGCAAAAAUUAAUGGGAAGUUAGAAGAUUGGACAGCUUUUAAUGGGAGGCAACUAAAAAGUCAUUAAGAAGGCAAAAAUGGAAUACAAAAUUAAGCUAGUCAGGAAUAUUAAAGAGAAUACUAAAAAGUUUCUUUAGAUAUGUAAAGUGUAAAAGAGAGGCGGAAGGUGAUAUUGGUCCACUGGAAAACGAUGCAAGAGAGGUAGCAAUGGGGGAAAAGGAAAUGGCGGGAAAACUGAAUAAGUACCUUGCAUCAGUCUUCACUGUGGAAGACACUAGCAGUAUGGUGGAAGUUCCAGGUGUCAGGGGUCAAGAAGUGUGUGAAGUUACUGUUAUUAGAGAGGCAUUUAUUGGAAAACUGAAAGGUCUGGAAGUAGAUAAGUCACUUGGACCAGAUGGUGUACACCCCAGGAUUCUGAAAGAGGUGGCUGAAGAGAUUGUGAAGGCAUUAGAAAGAUCUUUCAAGAAUGACUAAAUUCUGGAGUAGUUUCAGAAGACUAGAAAAUUGCCAAUAUCACUCCACUUUUCAAGAAGGGACCGGGGCAGAAGAAAGGAAACUACAGGCCAGUUAGUCUGACUUCAGUGGUUGGGAAGAUAUUGAAGUCAAUUAUUAAGGAUGAGGUCUCAUGGUACUUGGAGGCACAUGAUAAAAUAAGCUGUAGUCAGCAUGGUUUCCUCAGGGGAAAAUCUUGCCUAACAGAUCUGUUGGAAUUAUUUGAAGAAACAACAAGCAGAAUAGACAGAGAAUGGGUUGAUGUUGAACACUUGAAUUUUCAGAAAGCCUUUGACAAGGUGUCACACAUGAGGCUGCUUAACAAGUCACAAGCCUAUGAUAUUGCAGGAAACUUUCUAGCAUGGAUAAAUCAGUGGCUGAUUGGCAGGAGAUACGGAGUGUGAAUAAAGAGAGCCUUUACUGGUUGGUUACCAGCAACUAGUGGUUUUUCACAGGGGCCUGGGUGAGGACCUAUUCUUUUUAUAUGUCAAUCAUUUGGAUGAUGAUUUGAUAGCUUUCUGGCAAACUUUGCAGGUGAUAUGGAUAGGUGAAGGGACAGAUAGUUUUGAGGAAGUAGAGAGGCUACAGAAAGACAGAAAGAUUAGGAGAGUGGGCAAAGAAAUGGCAGAUGCAAUACAGUAUUAGGAAGUGUAUGGUCAUGCAAUUUGGUUAAAAAAUGGAAGGGUUGUCUAUUUUCUAAAUGAAGAGAAAAUGCAAAAAACCAUGGUGCAAAGGGCUACUUAAAGAUUAAUUUGCAGGUUGAGUCUGUGGUGAGGAAGGCAAAUGUGAUGUUAGCAUUCAUUUCAAGAAGACUGGAAUAUAAAAAGCAUAGAUGUAAUAUUGAGACUUAAUAAGCACCGUUGAGGCCUCACUUGGAGAAUUGUGAGCAGUUUUGAGCCCCUUUUCUUAGAAAAGAUGUUAUGAAACUGAAGAGGGUUCAAAGGAGGUCAUGAAAAUGAUUCCAGGAUUGAAUAGCUUGUCAUAUGAAGAGCAUUUGAUGGCUCUGGGCCUGUAUUCACUAGAAUGCAGAAGAAUGACAUUGAAAUCUAUCAAAUAGUCAAAGGCCUUGAUAGAGUGGAUUGGAGAGGACACUUCCUGUGGUGGGAGAGUCAAAGACCAGAGCACACAGACUGAGAAUAGAGUGGUGUCCUUUUAGAAUGGAGAUGAGGAGGAAUUUCUUUAGCCAGAGAGUGGUGUGUCUGUGGAAUUCUUUGCAAGAGGCAGCUGUGGAGGCCAAGUCUUUGUGUAUGUUUAAGGCAGAAGUUGCUAGAUUCUUGAUUGAUCUGGGCAUGAAGGGAUAUGGGGAGAAAGCAGGAAAUUGGGGCUGAGAGAAAAAUUGGAUCAGCCAUGAUGAAAUGGCAGAGCAGAUUUGAAUGGCUAUAUCACCUAAUUCUGCUCCUAUAUCUUAUGUUCUUACGGUUCUCUUAAAUUUUACUCAAAGCGUGUUAUAGUUAUUGAAAAGCAAUGUGACACCUAUAUUUGGCAUAUCAUGAGAAAUCUGGACUGAAGUAAUAUUAUUAUUUACAGGCUGGCCUGUGUAUUAUUGCCAUUCACUACUGUAGUACAGUGUUAACUAGUACAAUUCCCAAAGUCUAACCAGACAGUGAUGCAACUCCUGUGAAUCAGGGUAUGGCAUUCAAUGGGGUAAAGUUCAGAAUCUGCCCUUUCAAAUGCAAUUUGAGUGCAAUUCUCUUUCCCACAGCUGAACUGAGUUAUUGCUGCCUAGUUUAUGUACCUUCAGGCAGAGAGCCAGGUUUUGCCUGAGCUAUGCUGAUGCCAUAACUUUCCCCUUUAUUGAUUGCAGCACUUGAAGUUAGACUUAAACAACAGGAGAUUGACUGUGGUUAUGAAUCCAUAAUGAAAACAGCAGAAGCAGACCAAACAAAAAAGAAGUGUAGCCAGUAUAGUGUGGAGUAUCUGAAAUAUGGAUUUAUACCAGCGUCAAGCAACCCACACCAGCCAAAGUGUCUGUUGUGUGAAAACGUUUUUUCAAAUGAGGCAAUGAAACCAUCCAUUCCUGAACACUUGUAAUGCAGAAUUAACAGGAAGGAUAGAGGAAGAAUAGAACUCGUUACAAAUGAUUUUUGAGCUGAAGCCAAGGUUCAAAAAAUCAUAUCAAGACUUUUGGUUGAGAAAAAAAUCUCUAUACACUCUAAAAUUAUUGAUGAAAAUUGUUUCCACAGUAAUUAAGUAAAGAUGUCAUUUUAUUUGUAGCUUUAAAUAGAUUUGAAUCAUUUUUGCAAUUAUUUGUCACUGCUUUAAAUUUGGAGUUCCUAUUUUCCUUCACUGUGCAUCGAAAAUCAAACUUCCUUAUCAUUUUAUGUAAUGGUCAGAAAGUGAGAUGGGGGCACUGGGGAUGUGGUCAAGGAGCCAAGGGAGUGGUAAUCCAAAGAUGUUUGAGAGCCACUGGAUUAAAUCCGUAUCAGUCAAUAGCUGGAAGUAUCAGUUGAGUACUCCUUCUUCUAAAGUUCCAAAAUCCAAAAACCUCCAAAAUCUGAAUUGUUGUUAGUGCACUGACAAGAAGACACAAAUGGAAAAUUCCACAAGACGCUGGGAAGUUUCCCGGGAGAUGUGCAGGUCACUGUGUAUGAUAGACAAUUCUGAGAAGUGACCGGACAUACAUAUGUGAAGAACAGAAUUCAAAUAAAAAUAGAAAAACACCACAUAAAGUGGAAAAUGAAAAUCUCAAUUAUGUAUCAGAGUGAACACAUGCCGCUUAACAGUAUGCUGAUCAUGAAAAAAGUGAACAUCUAUCAUGUUGAAAUGAAAAUUGAAGGUAAUUGUGAAUUUUCAGUAUGCUGGUUGCAGAAACUUAAGUAAAGGCAUGGCGUUAAAUUUUUAAAGCAUCUGCUGAUCAUGAAAAUCUAGCAUUAUAACAAAUCUACAAUGCUGUUCAUUUUUAUAAACACGAGCAAAUGUGCCGAUCCAAAGCAACACACGUAAAAUGUUGGAGGAACUCAGCUGGUCAGGCAGCAGCUAUGGAAAUGAAUAAACAGUUGAUGUUUUGGGCUGAGAUCCUUCUUCAGGACUGGAAAGGAAGGGAGAAGACACCGGAAUAAAAAGGUGGAGGAAGGGGAAGGAGGAUAGGUAGGAGGUGAGUCAGGUGGAAUGGAAGGAUCAAGGACUGAAGAAGGAAGAAUCUGAUCAGAGAGCAGAGUGGACCAGAGGAGAAAGGGAAGGAGGCGGGCACCCAGGGGGAGGUGAUAGGCAGAUCAGAAGAGGUAAAAGGUCAGAGUGGGGAAUAGAAGAAGAAGGGAGGGGAAGUGAUUUUUUUUACCAGAAGGAGAAAUCAAUAUUCAUGUCAUCAGGUUGGAGGCUACCCAGAUGGAAUAUGAGGUGUUGCUCCUCCACCCUGAGGGUGGCUUCAUUAUGGCACAAAAGGAGGCCAUGGACUGACAUGUUGGAAUAGGAGUAUACCCUACAUAAUGGCAUUAAAUUUUUAAAGUAUCACUGAUAAAAAUAUAAAAACGGAACAAGUUUAUGUUGCUGAUUGUUUUUAUACCUUACAUAAACCUAAAAAAAAGUAAAAUACAAAUAGUGUAUUGUAAUCUUUUAUUCAAAACAUAGCAUUGUAAGUGGAAACUGAAAGCCUGCCAUUGUUUGCUGCUGUUUAACAUCUGAUUCACACAUUCACUUGAUGCUGCUGUGCUGGUUUUGUUACCCUGCACAUGUUAUAUUUUCAUUAUAUUAAUGGUGCAUCAUCAUUUUCUCUGCUUAUUACAUGUGUGAGAUGAACAAGGGUAAGACAAACAACACAGACAAAGUGCCAGAGGAACUCAGCAGGCCAGGCAGCGUCUAUGGAAAAGAGUACUGUCGACGUUUCGGGCCGAGACCCUUCAGCAGGAUGCUGCCUGGCCCGUGGAGUUCCUCCAGCAUUUUGUGUGUGCUGUUUGGAUUUCCAGCAUCUGCAGAUUUUCUCUUGAACGUGUAAGACAAAGACUGCUUACCAAUAGCACAUAAAUUCAGAGUUGGAAGUGACGGCAAUUGCAAGCUAUCUCAUAAUAUAUUCCAAAUUCCAAAACACUUCUGGCCCCAAGCAUAUCAGAUGAAGGGUAAUCAUCCUGUAUAAGGAAAAUCUGCUGCACAUUUAAUAUUUGAAAUCUAAGUCUGUUCAGUAAGUGUCUUUGAAAAAUAAAACACAAUAGGAAUCUUGAUUGAGAAUGUUUUCAUCAUCCCAGUAGCUCUAAACAUUUUACAGUGGAUAUCUAAUACAUCAAUAACUAAGUAUUAAUUACAAGCAGAGUCUCCUAUUUAAUCUACUGGAAAAUAUAUCAAUAUCUCAAAUCUUUUUUCUUACCAAUAGUUACUCAAUCCCAUGAAUAUUCACAGCAGAUCUUGCUUUUAUCCAGCACAGCAGUCAAACUGGAACUAAGUCCUCUUGUAAGUAGUGUAAAAUAUUCCAGUUUAGUCAUUUGCUCUCAAUCUUACUUCCUAGUUUAUUAGACUUUUUUUUGGAUUAUUUGGUCUGUUUUCAUUCAAAUGUUGUAUCCCAAGAACCUAACUGCCAAGAUGGUCAUACAAAAUCAAAGGUCAGCUCAAAAUUGGGGUGUUCUGCACUGUUUUGGUCACUUGGUAUGGAAGUGCUCAUAUACUGAAAUACUAACAGAGCCAUGGGGAAGAGCUACAACUAGCCAGUUAAUAUCAGUAAUAUGCGACCGCCAGAAUUACCGUUUGGAACAUCAGAGAUUAAUGGUAAAAGGAUCUAUUGGAAGUACUCAAAAUUGUAGAAUAAUUUCAGAUGGCAAAUAAUGAAAAAAUUGUUUAGCUGCUCAAUGAGCUCAGAAUUAGGACAAAAACAGAAUGGAGGAUUAGAGAACUUCCUUUAUCAUGAGAAUUGUUUUCGUGAAAUGCAUACCAGAAGUGAUGAUUGAUGGCAUCACUUCCAAGAGAUGACAAAAUGAAGAACUUUUAUGAAAUACUGAAAAAAAAGGACUUUUUUUCAUUUUGGUGGUGGAGGUUGGGGGAGAAACUAGCAUUGGCUUGGUGGUCUGAAUAAAACUGAAAAUUCUAACAAAAAUGUCUUUUUGUCUCAUCAUACAAGUCACUAAACUGAUAAAUUAUAUACAAUAAAAUACCAGCAUGGUUAGUGCGCAAAAUUUCAGAUUCACAGUUUUCUUACAUUGCAGGUCAACCAAAUUUCUGAUGUAAAAUAAAACAGUAUUAUCUAAACCAAUGCUUUGAAAUUCAUAUGAUUAAAAGGAGUUGUUGUUUUUUCAAUAAAUGGCUCAGAUUACAUUUUCCACCAGAAGCAAAAUACAUUAUAAGUUAUACACAUUAGACCAUUCCUAUGCAAAGUGGCAGACUCAAUUAGAACCUUUCUUCAUAUUCGUUCAUAGGAUGGAUGAAGGGAAACAAUUAUAACCCAACUCUAAAUUGCCCUUGAAUUCUGUGGCUAUUUUUAGUGCAGUUAAGAAUCAACCCUAUUUCUUGUAGAUAAGAAUCAUACAUGUAUGAAUGGUUGAUUUCCUUCCCUAAAGAAUAUACCAAAGUAUGAACACAUACCUCUUAAGAUCCUAUUCCUGAACUUUCAGUGGAAAUCCAUUACACCAAGUUAUAGAAACAGAAGAACACAAUUCAAUUUCUGUCUUGCAUUUUAAUUAGACUAUAUUGAAUGUAUAUUAAUUCAAUUUACCCAUCUUGGUUCAUAACCCUUGAUACACUUGAAAUAUGCUCAGUGGCUACUUUAUUGGGUACACCUGUUCAUUAAUGCAAGUAUCUAGUCAGCCAAUA